AUGCCUCAUCAUUCAGACCACGACCACGAUCACCAACACAACCCCUUCCUAGAACAGGUUGGCAAACUCCCCGACUACUACCGUGCUCUAGGCGUUUCUCGCAAAGCAAUAGGAGAGGAAAUUGACAAAGCCUUUCGCAAGCUGUCACUCAAAUUUCAUCCAGACAAGAACCCCGGCAAUGCCAAAGCAGCUGAAGAGUUCAAGAAACUUAGCAAUCAUCGCGAGGUGCUCAGAGAUCCCCAACAGCGGGCUUUGAGGGAGGAGGAUCUCGGUCGUAUAAACCCACAACGCCUGGAGCGCAGGAUGGGUAUUCGAGUCAUCGGAGACCUGAACCGAGACCACAGGAUUAUCGAAGAGACUCGAAUCAAGGAGGGUGGGGGCAUCGACGCCGUUCCUCAGGUCGUGCUCGACCUAAUCAGAAGCGAAAUUCACGAUCGGGGUACAAUUACGGAUCUCGAAAUGACUCGUGGUCACACGAACAUUUGUUCAACGACUGGUAUGACUGGUCUGACGGUUUUCCUAGUGGGUGCAACCAUACGCCCCCGUCAUCACCACCACCAGGCUCUCCUCAAUCGCCGCCAGGAUCCCCACGAGACUAUGGCAGUGAUGGAGGUGGCUAUUCGCCUGGUUCACCACCAGGAACUCCGAGAGAACAUUCACGGCCAAGAGCCACGCCCAGGCCCGAGUACAGAUCUGGGACAGGCUCGGUAG